AAAUUGGCUAUUUAUGAAAACCAUAGCUGGCACGAGAGCAAGUUAUCACGCUUCUAAUUCGUUCCGGAGAAAAUCAAUUUCACGGAUGUGUUUUAGCGAGUAAACAACUGUUUAUAUGCAGCACCAGGCACCGAUUGCGAAGUCGCAGUCGCGUUCAGAAUGUGCAAAUUGGCGUCGUUCGCAGUCAUCGCAGCCGUGUUUGCACUACUGCUCGGAAACAUUUACUGCGAAGCAGAUGAAACUGCUUCCACCCAAAAGGAUGAUGAUCAACACAAACUCAGUGAUAGGGAGCAUUUCGUAAAAGCGGUUCAUCACAUCAUGCGGGGAGCCCAGCUGGACAUGAAACACUUGCAGGAUGAGCAUCCUUUUUUUGGACCUUGGAAGAACAUCGAACAUACGCACCCGACUAACGAUACAGCAGGGUCUCGUCAUCGCCACCAAAGACUCCACUCGAUGCGGGACUUGGUACCAAAACUUCGGGAAGCCAUACUUCAAAUCAUAGCUAUUAUCGAUCGUGCGAUUGAAGAACAGCUUCUACCCCGCCGAAUGGUGAUGGAUCUGGACACCUACAUUCCGGAUGCUUUGCUGACGUUAGACCAGGUGGAAGUAGCCGCUGAUUAUGACGAGCGGUAUUCAAACUCACCUUCAGAUGAACCUAGCUCUGAUGAUGCGGUCGGUUCUGAACAAGCGAAGACGGGGAUGAGGAAGCAAGAAGUGAAGAAAACGUAGAAGAAAGUCUUCUAAGAAAAAAAAAGUUCUUCAAGGUUUUUUUGAAUUUUUCAUCAUUUAUUGAACAAAUAAAUAUUGACAUAUUCAAUA